AUGGCUGACAACACAAUCAGUUUGCCUGCCAAGCUAAUAAAUGGGGGGAUUGCUGGAUUGAUUGGAGUUACUUGUGUAUUUCCCAUAGACUUGGCCAAGACUAUGCUCCAGAACCAACAAAAUGGGUUUCGUCUCUACAGGAGCAUGUCAGAUUGCCUUAUCAAAACCAUUCGCUCAGAAGGCUACUUUGGUAUGUACAGAGCAAUCAUGCACUUGACCUGGUUCUCCAGGAAGUUGCUGGAGAACCAGAAACUAACUUUGCUGCGAGAGAUGCUGGCGGGCUGUGGAGCAGGUACCUGCCAGGUCAUCGUUACCACCCCAAUGGAGAUGCUGAAGAUUCAGCUACAGGAUGCUGGUCGAAUAGUAAAACACAAUAAUCUCAUGCCAAAGAAAAUCUUACAUCAUGAGGGUCCCUCUGCCUUCCUGAAAGGUGUAUGCCGUGCUCUAAUCAUUGCGCCCCUAUUUGGCAUCACUCAGGUGGUCUACAUCCUGGAAAUGGGUGAGCUCAUCCACUGCCUCCUGCCUGACGGAGGCCCAUAAUCACAUUCCAACAGCAUCCUCGGCUGAUUUGUAGUUCAAGAAAUUGACAUUCUGCACAUCAUAUGGAGAUACAGUAUGAUGCUGAACUCAGUCAGAUUGUUAUUUCUUGUAUCUUUGUUAUAGUCUAGACUGUUGUUGACCUUUCCUUGGCUGUGUAAAAGGGAUUUGUAAGUGGGAACACUGACAAAUCGACAUUUGUCCACACAGUAAAUCUGA